AUGGUGUCUAUCAAGUUACUUGCACUCCUGGCAGUGGUGGCCAUAGUGGCAGGGUCUCCCCACCACAAAUCGAUUAAGAAGAAAGUACCCUACGCCUGGACAGUCAGUUCUUCAGGAAGUUCAGGAGUCACAGCCGGAGCUUCAGCCGCUGGAAAUGCUGGUGCAAAUGCAGUGGCUUUUAGCAGUCUUAGAUUCUUGGCCAAAGGAAUAGCUGAUCGCAACUCAUUGUCCUACAAAGCCUUCAAGUGGAUUGGCGGCAGAACUGCGGUGUCAUCAGUGAAUGAUGCUUUGGAUAUAGUUCUGACGGCAGCCGCUGGAGUAGGUGGUCUCAUCAAUCUAUGGAUUCCUGGACUUGGCAGUCUCUUCUCAUCACUGGUGAUUGCAAGUGCUAGAAUCAGCUACUGUGUGGUCGGACAACCCUCAAGCUCUCACUUCGGACUGGUUCGCGAUGGAAAAGCUAACAUCAACAUCUGCGCUAACGGGAACUACGGAGCCAAAUGGGGUUGGAAGGCGUACUCUGGUGAUUACUCCAACGCCGCCCUGGUGAUCAAGGCUUACGGCUUGGAGAAUGCCUCAGCUAAGGUCAACCAGUUCCUGGCUGCUAAGGGUGGCAUCCAGGCUUUAGAUGGAUAUGAAAAGAAGAUCGCUAGCGCCAUCGUCGUUGUUGCUAAGCUUUUCGACCGUGAUGUCAAGACCUGGUCAUCACAAGAUGUGAACACCGUAUUCGCAAAAUCGACCGAAGUAUUGGGAUGGCUCGCAAACUCCUACUACCCACGCCUUGGAGGAUACGUUUUAGCUGAUUUCCUCCGCCUUGGUUCCAACAAGAAUGUCGUCAAUGUAGGAUUAGAUUUAUCAAUCUUCCAAGACCAACUGAACCAAAUUUCAUCAUACAAGAUCCAGCAACAGCUUUUGUCGGGUGUUAAGAAGUGUACCGACCAAGAAUUCAAUAAAGCAAACGAUGAUGAUGAUGAUGAUGAUGACAACGAUUCUGAUGAAAACCAGUCUGACAAUGGAACAACCACAACCACAGGUUCCGGAUCAACCACUGGAACCGGCUCAACCUCAGGUUCCGGUUCUACAUCAACCACGAAGACUCCACAGGAACUGGAUCAGCCACAGGAACUGGAUCAGCCACAGGAACUGGCUCAACCACAGGAACUGGAUCAUCCUCGGAACUGGAUCAUCCUCGGAACUGGAUCAGCCACAGGAACUGGAUCAUCCUCCGGAACUGGAUCAGCCACAGGAACUGGAUCAUCCUCCGGAACUGGAUCAGCCACAGGAACUGGAUCAGCCACAGGAACUGGAUUAGCCACAGGAACUGGCUCAACCACAGGAACUGGAUCAUCCUCCGGAACUGGAUCAUCCUCCGGAACUGGAUCAGCCACAGGAACUGGAUCAUCCUCCGGAACUGGAUCAUCCUCCGGAACUGGAUCAGCCACAGGAACUGGAUCAUCCUCCGGAACUGGAUCAGCCACAGGAACUGGAUCAGCCACAGGAACUGGAUCAGCCACAGGAACUGGAUCAGCCACAGGAACUGGCUCAACCACAGGAACUGGAUCAUCCUCCGGAACUGGAUCAUCCUCCGGAACUGGAUCAGCCACAGGAACUGGAUCAUCCUCCGGAACUGGAUCAGCCACAGGAACUGGAUCAGCCACAGGAACUGGAUCAUCCUCCGGAACUGGAUCAUCCUCCGGAACUGGAUCAUCCUCCGGAACUGGAUCAGCCACAGGAACUGGAUCAUCCUCCGGAACUGGAUCAGCCACAGGAACUGGAUCAUCCUCCGGAACCGGAUCAGCCACAGGAACUGGAUCAGCCACAGGAACUGGAUCAGCCACAGGUUCCGGUUCUACAUCAACCACGAAGACCGUAACUGAAGGUGGUUCCCAAACAACCAAAACCAGCUCAACCACAGGAACCGGAUCUACAUCAACCACGAAGACUGUAACUGAAGGUGGUUCCCAAACCAGCUCCGGAACAACCAAAACAACCGGCUCAACCACAGGAACCGGAUCAGCCACAGGUUCCGGAUCAGCCACAGGUUCCGGAUCAGCCACAGGUUCCGGAUCAGCCACAGGUUCAGGAUCAGCCACAGGAACCGGAUCAGCCACAGGUUCAGGAUCAGCCACAGGAACUGGAUCAGCCACAGGAACUGGAUCAGCCACAGGAACUGGAUCAGCCACAGGAACCGGAUCAGGCACAGGUUCCGGAUCAGCCACAGGAACUGGCUCAACCACAGGUUCCGGUUCUACAUCAACCACGAAGACCGUAACUGAAAGUGGUUCCCAAACCACCUCCGGAACAACCAAAACAACCGGCUCAACCACAUCUUCUGGAUCAACCACAGGAACCGGCUCAACGACAGGUACCGGAUCAACCACGAAGUCUGUUACUGACGGUGGUUCCCAAACCAGCUCCGGAUCAACCACAAAGUCUGUAACUGAAGGUGGUUCCCAAACCAGCUCCGGAUCAACCACAAAGUCUGUAACUGAGGGUGGUUCCCAAACCAGCUCCGGAUCAACCACAAAGUCUGUAACUGAAGGUGGUUCCCAAACCAGCUCCGGAUCAACCACAAAGUCUGUUACUGACGGUGGUUCCCAAACCAGCUCCGGAUCAACCACAAAGUCUGUAACUGAAGGUGGUUCCCAAACCAGCUCCGGAUCAACCACAAAGUCUGUAACUGAGGGUGGUUCCCAAACCACCUCCGGAUCAACCACAAAGUCUGUUACUGAAGGUGGUUCCCAAACCAGCUCCGGAACAACCACAAAGUCCGUAUCUACCACUGACUCAGAAUCCCAAACGUACAACUCUGACAAUGAUUCUGACAACAACACAGGUAAUGCUGGUCAGAAACACAAAAGAUCCGAUUUAUCUGACGAUGUAAACGGAAAAGAUGAUUCCGAUAAGAUUGAAAAGAAGAAGAAACUUAUCCAAGAUCUGAUUAACAAGGGCAAACAAAAGCAAGGCAAAGCCGGAACAACCACUGACGUUACUAAAACCAACUCCGGUUCAUCUACGACUGUAACUGGGUCUGGUUCCACAACCAGCUUCGGAACAACCACAACUAAAGGAUCAACCACAAGUACCGGAUCAACCUCAAGUUCUGCAUCAACCACAGGAACUGGAUCAGCCACAGGAACUGGAUCAGCCACAGGAACUGGAUCAUCCUCCGGAACUGGAUCAGCCACAGGAACUGGAUCAUCCUCCGGAACUGGAUCAGCCACAGGAACUGGAUCAGCCACAGGAACUGGAUCAGCCACAGGAACUGGAUCAGCCACAGGAACUGGAUCAGCCACAGGAACUGGAUCAGCCACAGGAACUGGAUCAGCCACAGGAACUGGAUCAUCCUCCGGAACUGGAUCAGCCACAGGAACUGGAUCAGCCACAGGAACUGGAUCAGCCACAGGAACUGGAUCAACCACAGGAACUGGAUCAGCCACAGGUUCCGGAUCAGCCACAGGAACCGGAUCAAACACAGGAACUGGAUCAAACACAGGUUCCGGAUCAGCCACAGGAACCGGAUCAAACACAGGAACUGGAUCAAACACAGGUUCCGGAUCAGCCACAGGUUCAGGAUCAGCCACAGGAACCGGAUCUACAUCAACGACGAAGACUGUAACUGAAGGUGGUUCCCAAACCAGCUCCGGAACAACCAAAACAACCGGCUCAACCACAUCUUCUGGAUCAACCUCAGGUUCCUCAUCAACCACAGGAACCGGAUCAGCCACAGGUUCCGGAUCAGCCACAGGAACCGGAUCUAGCACAGGUUCCGGAUCAGCCACAGGUUCAGGAUCAGCCACAGGAACCGGAUCUAACACAGGUUCCGGAUCAGCCACAGGUUCCGGAUCAGCCACAGGAACUGGAUCUAACACAGGUUCCGGAUCAGCUACAGGUUCCGGAUCAGCCUCAGGUUCCGGAUCAGCCACAGGAACCGGAUCUAACACAGGUUCCGGAUCUGCCACAGGUUCCGGAUCAGCCACAGGAACCGGAUCUAACACAGGUUCCGGAUCAGCCACAGGUUCCGGAUCUACAUCAACCACGAAGACUGUAACUGAAGGUGGUUCCCAAACCAGCUCCGGUACAACCAAAACAACCGGCUCAACCACAUCUUCCUCAUCAACCUCAGGUUCCGGUUCUACAUCAACCACGAAGACCGUAACCGAAGGUGGUUCCCAAACAACCAAAACAACCGGAUCAACCUCAGGAACCGGAUCGACCACAGGAACCGGAUCAGCCACAGGUUCCGGAUCAGCCACAGGUUCAGGAUCAGCCACAGGAACCGGAUCAGCCACAGGUUCCGGAUCAGCCACAGGAACCGGAUCAAACACAGGUUCCGGAUCAGCCACAGGUUCAGGAUCAGCCACAGGUUCAGGAUCAGCCACAGGAACCGGAUCAAACACAGGUUCCGGAUCAGCCUCAGGUUCCGGUUCCACAUCAACCACGAAGACUGUAACUGAAGGUAGUUCCCAAACCAGCUCCGGAACAACCAAAACAACCGGCUCAACCACAUCUUCUGGAUCAACCACAGGAACCGGAUCUAGCACAGGUUCCGGAUCAGCCACAGGAACCGGAUCAAACACAGGUUCCGGAUCAGCCACAGGUUCAGGAUCAGCCGCAGGUUCCGGAUCAGCCACAGGUUCCGGAUCUACAUCAACCACGAAGACUGUAACUGAAGGUGGUUCCCAAACCAGCUCCGGAACAACCAAAACAACCGGCUCAACCACAUCUUCUGGAUCAACCACAGGUUCCGGAUCAGCCUCAGGUUCCGGUUCCACAUCAACCACGAAGACUGUAACUGAAGGUAGUUCCCAAACCAGCUCCGGAACAACAAAAACAACCGGCUCAACCACAUCUUCUGGAUCAACCACAGGUUCCUCAUCAACCACAGGAACCGGAUCAAACACAGGAACCGGAUCAGCCACAGGUUCAGGAUCAGCCACAGGAACCGGAUCAAACACAGGUUCCGGAUCAGCCACAGGUUCAGGAUCAGCCACAGGUUCAGGAUCAGCCACAGGAACCGGAUCAAACACAGGUUCCGGAUCAGCAACAGGUUCAGGAUCAGCCACAGGAACCGGAUCAAACACAGGUUCCGGAUCAGCCACAGGUUCAGGAUCAGCCACAAGUUCUGCAUCAGCCACAGGUUCAGGAUCAGCCACAGGUUCUGCAUCAGCCACAGGUUCCGCAUCAGCCUCAGGUUCCGCAUCAGCUAACUCUGGUUCUAACAAUGGUGGCUAUGGAGACGAAUAUACAAAGAUUUCAUCAAACAACGAAAGUAGCGAUUUCUCAGACGGCUCAGAAGACAGCUAUAAUCAGAAGAAAGUAGAAAACGGCAAAACUAUAGAAGCUUCUGGCUCUAAAGUUGAGGAAUCAGAAGGUAACUCAGCAUCCUCAUCUUACUCAGAAGAGAAGAAGAACCGUGAUGGGUCAUACUCUAAGCUGGAGAAGAAGUCUUCCAAUGAUGCUGAGACUAACAGUAGUGUAGCUGAUGAGAGCAAGUCGGAGACCAGCUCUGAUGGGUCUUUACACGCUCAGAAGCAUCACCAUUCGAGCCAUUCUUCAAAGAAGAGUAACUCAGAAAGUAGCUAUUCUUACUCAUCAAAUUAAAAAGUUAAAGGUACUUGAAGGAAAUCAUGAAUUGUAUUUUAGUUUGUAAGUUUUAGAAAUAUAGGUGAUGCAUUUGAA